UCUUAUAGUUGCUCUGCUCUAAAUCCAUUUGGGAUGGAUAGGCUGCUAAACUUUUAUCUCUUGAGCCCCAAUUCAAAGUAUUGUUAAAAGUCAUACCCUUUCCUCCAGCUAUUAAUCUAUUCUUCUGAUCCAAUAAUUAUCACUUUUGAGAAUGUAAGGCGGUUUUGUUUUCAUUAAAGCUACCGUAUAAUUUGAAGAAAUUUCUUUUAGCUUUGCUUGGUACGUACUCCAAAUCAACAGACCACCAUGUCCACUUUGUUUGCAAUUUCCAUAUCUAAGCACUUUUAUGUCCAUGUUGUUCCUAUUGUCUGUGAAUUCUUUCGUACAAUUCCUGACCGUUUCCAAAAUUUUCCCCUUCGAUAUUUGUCCGUAGUCCUUGGGCUAGCGUACUUGGCUAUCAUCUUGUUUAGUUACAGAAGGUUUCAACCGUUGAAGGAGCGGUACAAGGGGCUUAGAAUGCAUUACAAGCUUUUGAAUGCUCUCGUAGAAGAUGUAAACCACGUUUCAAAAAUGGGGAAAGAGAUAGAUGAGAAAGCCCAUCAGCAUUGGGAUUCACAACUGAGACCAGGAGGGACUGUGCAACUAAGUGCUGAUGGGAGAGCAUGGGUGACUGAACUCAAAGAAGUGGUUCGCAACGCAGAGUCUUGCCACAAUGACUACGAUAGAUUGUGUGAAAGAAGGCAAUUUCUGAAGUUGUUAUACUCCAGUUUAAUGGAUUUCAGAAAAAUUGGUGACUUCCGCGCAACAAUGAAUGGAGCUAGGGAUCGUAUACAUGGUCUUUACCGGAAGUCAUAUGAUCAGAUCUAUGAAUCACUAGAGCGUUCAAGGUCUAACGUAAGAAGCCUGCAGGACAGACCAAUAAUAUUGGAAAAAAAACCCUGCCCUUAUAAUCCAGAUGUGCGACUGCAAUCAACUCAGUCUAUAGAAGUGAAAUUGAAAGGCGCAAUUCAUGGAAAGCUGCAGGAAUUAGAUCGUGACAGGAAAGAGGACAUACAAUACAACAUUGAGUUUCCGCUGAAGCUACUGCUUGCUUUCUUGGAAGAUUUACGCGGGCUUAGAAUGGAAAGUCAGACGGAGAAGGCCUGGGUGGAGAAUGCUGAGGAUCUCAUUCUGGAGCUACAACAUGACAUGGACCAUAUACUGAAAACAGCAAAUCGUAUGAGGUGGCUCUUUUAUUUGGGUAAUUGGAUAGCAAGGGGUCAGAUAAAGAAGUGGUAUUACUGCUAUCGUGGAUUGCUAAGUUUCCUCAUUUACGGCAAGAAUUACAGAUAUACAUUCAAAUUUGUCAGAAGAGAUUCAUCAAAAUCCGUCAAUGAUUCUCGCAAAAAAAAGCAGACACGUACGUUUUCAUCACAGGCCACAACAAACGAUGACACGGGUAUUUCUUCUCGUCUAAGCGGCUUUGGCAAAAAGCUCGAACAGGAGCAAGGCAUGGAUGAAUUCAAACAACUACUAGAUAAUUUCAAGAGACUACAAGGCUCUAUCAAGGAGACAAAAGGAGUUGAAGGCACAGAGCAUUCAAGAAAAGCAUGGACAGAUCAGCUGAGUACAAUUUUCCAAGAUGCAGAGAAAUCUUUCAAUGCCUACCGAGAAAGUAAACCCUCCGACUGGAGCGAAAAUCCUAACAAGACAGAUUUUCGAUCAAAGUUGAAACCAGAAGUUGAUCGAUUCCACAACGCUCUCUACUUUUUGCAGACAUGCAUAAGCGUUUUUCGCAUUGAAGUAAGGAAAGAGAAUAACUGGGUAGUCGGCCUGGAAAAAGACAUACAUAAUGUAGUCUCAGAGCUCAUCACCAACAGUGAGAAUGGCUCCACGUAUUUUAUUGUGGGGAUGAAGGGCAUCGGAAAGACAACACUGGCAACUAUGGUUUAUUACCACGGAGAGAUUCAGAAGCAUUUUAAAUUCAGAUAUUGGGUGCCUGUAGAUGAUAUAGUGGACGAGGAUAAGAAUGUACUCCCGGAAAAAUUACGAAAAUACAUCAUGGAUCCUCCUGCGACUAAGAAGGAAGGGAAGGAAAAAGAGGAAGGGACUAAUAAGAAAGGGAAGGAAAAAGAUUACAAGCGCGAUGAGGUUAAACAUUUCUUGAAGGAUAAGAAGUACCUCGUGGUUCUGGACAACAUCUCGUCAGUGGGAGCGUGGGGUAGUGUAAAAGCAGCAUUCCCGGAUAGCACAAAUGGGAGCAGAAUUGUGGUCACCACACGAGUCAAGAGUGUAGCUUCACAUGCUGGCCAAAAUAGCAGGGAUCUCUACAAACUUCCGCUACGAACCAAAGACGAGAGCAUGAAGUUGUUUGAACAGAUGGUGAACCUUCCCUCUGAACCUUCUAAUGAGCGUGAACUCUUUCCGAAAGAUGUGAGAAGUCUCGCAAAUGAAGUUGUAGGAAGAUGUGGAGGCUUGCCGCACUCCAUUUUACGUGUUGGGUAUCUAUUGUCUGGGGGACAGGUGACUUCUGAGGAGUUUUCCAGGGUGCUUGAGAUAAUGGAUCAUAACGAAACAUCAUGGUCCGAAACCUUGCCUUCAAAUGAUGAAAAUGAUUUUCCACAGGAUCUAGUGAAAUGUCUUUCUUACUUUGGACUCUUCCCCAGAGGCUCUCAAAUUCCUGCAAGGAGAUUAGUAGCUUUGUGGGUUGCAGAAGAGUUGGCAGUGGCACAACAAAUUGGUGAUGAGAAAAAGCCCCCUGAAUUUAUUGCAAAGAAAUAUUUGGACGAUUUGAUAAGCCUCAACUUGGUACAAGUAGUGGAAAGAAAGCCUAACGGGAAGACCAAGACAUGUGGCUUCCCUAGUGCUCUGCGAGAACAAUGGUUGCGACUGGAUCCAAAUUCAAGCUUAGAUCGGUGUCUUGUUUAUCAUUUUGAUGAAAAUGAUAAAAUUGGAACACAAAGUUUAUUGCGAAGCUGUAGAAAUCCCCGCUCCAUUCUCUUCUUUGAUACUCGAGAAGGAAUUAAACCUGGAGAAGAUAUAGGUCAAUUCCUUCGUAUGGGCAUUGCAAGUGGGCAUCUAUUACAGUUAAAGGUUCUUGAUCUUGAAUUUGUUUUCAGACCUCGAUUGCCGAAUGCUAUAAAAAAGUUAAUUCAUUUAACAUAUCUUGGCUUGAGGUGGACUUACCUAGAAAAGAUCCCAGCAUCAAUUGGCAACUUAACCAAUCUCCAAACUCUGGAUGUGAAGCAUACUUAUAUCCGUGAACUCCCUAGUUCAAUAUGGAAAUUGCAGAAUCUUCAGCAUCUAUACAUAAACCAGAUUUAUCGAAGCCGAAUUUUGGAUCAACCAAGUGAGAAUUCUCUAAAAAAUCUCCAAACGUUGCAGGGUGCAUUUGUAGAUAAGGAUAGUCCUUUGAAGUAUGGCCUCCGUAGGUUUACCAACCUUAGAAAAUUGGCACUAGCAUUCCAGUUGAACUUGUCACAGCAAACCACAUUGGCGGAGAGUCUUUUGCAAUUGAAGCAACUUCAAAAUUUGAAACUGAAAUCAAUUGAUGAAAUGGGCCGACCAAAAGAUCUAAAGGCGACGUUCUUGUCAAAGUUUGACAAUCUUUCUAACCUAUUUUUGUUUGGAAAGUUUGAGACUAUAUCUAUUAAUGGACUCCCAGGAAGCCUGACUGACCUUACAUUAUCUGCCUCUGGACUUUCAGAAGAUCCAAUGCAAGAGCUAGGGAAGCUUCUUAAACUUAAAUCUCUCAGUUUGUACUCUGGUUCUUAUACUGGGAAAAAAAUGUCUUGCUCCAAGGAAGGCUUUCCCGAGCUUCAAGUUCUGAACUUCUGGAUGCUUCGGGAGCUGGAAGAAUGGAAAGUGGAGGAACAUUCAAUGCCGAAGCUCAAGCAGUUGGAGAUUCGUUCCUGCAAAAGUUUGAAGGUCCUAACUGGGUUGAGGAAUCUAAAGGCACUCGGUAAAUUGAGGUUAAAGGAUAUGCCUGUGGAAGUCACAGAAAAAAUUGAGCAAACCAAUGAGCGCAGUGAUAUUGCUCACUUUCCUUUCGUGAUUAUUGAUUAGCAGUAGUCAAUACUGUAUGGAACUCAAGCUUUACCUAUGUCAGGUUUUUGCUUCCUUUCAUUACUCGUUUGACAAGGAGGAAUGAUUUGGGCAUUGAAGAUGAUGUCUCAAUCAAUUGUUUGGCUCACCGGGGAGGAUACUCUUUUUCCUUUAUUGUGUUGCUUGGUUCUAAGGUGUUUGAUCAAUAAUAGUCGUAUGCUUGCCAUUCAGAUAAAUGGAAUAAAAUGGUACGCUUUGUUAAAAAGUGCUACCCUGUCUGUGUGCGUAUAUUUUCCCCUUGGGGCGCUUGCUUCUAUGAUAUUUGAUCAAUAAUAUGUAAUAGUCAUAUGCUUGUCAUGCACAUGACUGGAAUAAUUAAAUUGUAUAACGUGAUACUAUCUAUGUGUGUGAUUUUAUUCGGUGGAGAGACAUAUGUUCUUCAUUCUAAAUGGAUAUAUCUGUUUGUGAA